AUGUAUGACACCACCAAGUAUGAUGUGAGCUACGCGACUGCCAGUGCUAUCGCUGGAUCCUACACAAAGGCUCAUGCCCCAGAUGCCCCUCUGCUGGUGACCGGAGCUUCGAGCAACGUGGGUGAAUUGAGUGGCCCUGGUGGGGCGGAUUUUAACGGCGAUGGUUCAAACAUUGUUUUCCAUGCUUUUGAGAAUGGCAAGGAUAUUUGGAAUGGACGGGCGAUGUAUGUUGCUGAUAUUGGCGCGGGUAACAAUAUCUUGAGUGUCCUGUGA